CUCCUAUUCAAGAAGAGAAAGAGGCAUGGGACAAGCGUCAUGCCCAUGGGCCAAAAAAAUCAGUAGAGAGAGGAAGGAAGGAAGAGUGGCAGAUGCCCAUGCUUCGAAGCUCUCGCUUCUCGGAGUGAGGGAAGUGGGCACUGCGCCAAUUGUAGAGAGAGCAGUGAGUAGUAGAGAGGAGCGUUAGUAAGUGAAUGAGGGAGUGAGGGAUUGAGCGAGGAGGAGCGCGGGCGCAAGUGCAGGGCUGGUGGAUGUAUGUGAGCGAGGAGGAGGAGGACGACGGGCGGAGGGUUUUGGUGGUCUUCUGCUGGUGCUCUGCAUGGCAUGGCCUGGGCUGGCCGACAUGUCACGCAGCGGAUGAAUCCAUAGCUCUGGCUCUCAGCGAUCGCAGCACCACCGAGAGCAGCAGCGGCAGCAGGGGGGAGGACAAGUACUGGAGAGAGAACGCUUGUUGCAGCCCUCCUUGGGAAGGGGAGGGAAGGGAAAGGUAGCAGGGGAGCAGCCUCGGAGGCAAGGAGAGGAAGCCUGAAGAAGGAAAAGGAAGAGGGGAACGGGAGCAGACUACAGAAUACUGAAACCUCAGGAGGAGGAGGAGGAGGAAACGUAGAAAAGGGUUCCAUGCGUCAGCAGGAGCAGAAAUUCCGAUUAUUUGGAAGGGCAAACCUAGAACAGGGGACGCCGAGGGCAUCGUGUGUUGUGGGCGAUUGGUGAUUUGUACAAUAGCAGGAGAGAGAGAGAGAGAGAGAGAGAGAGAGAGUAGCUUUGAGGCCGGGCGGGCGGGCGGUCGGCCAGGUCAAUUGGCACCGGAGAGGAGCCGAUCGAGUGCGGCGGUAGUGAGGUUGGGUGAGAAUUGCGGCGAAUUCCGAGGGCUGUGCUGGUCUGCAGAAGGAAGACGAGUGGGGGCAGGCAAAAUUCAGGUUAAAUGGGAUGCUGGACGCUGCCGUGUCUUGGAACUGGAGGUCGAGGAUGUGAUAGAAGCAGCUUACCACUAUUUGGGUUGUAGAAAGUCGAAAGGAGGUUGGUGGCCGAUUCAGAUGUUCACCUGACGUGCAGUCUCAUUCUGGACAAAUGUUGAUGCGUAGGCGCGAUCCGGUCGUGAGCUUGCGCUUGAUGGAAGACAAUCGAAAUUGGGGUGAAAACAUAAGCAGGUCGGCGUUGGGGUCCUGCCGUUGAUCGUUUGAGAUAGCGGAACCGCCCGCAUUGGCAGAAAGGUGUAAAUAUGGGAAAGAGGGCGAAGAAGAAGGUGCAGAGUGCACCGGGCAAGUUAGUUUCCGGAUCGCGGAUCGCAUCGUCCAGUCCCUCUUCAGUCACAUCUUCGCCCGCGGAUAGCGGCCGGUCGGGAGAAAAAUGUAAUGGUUCAGUUGAGACGGGAUGUCUACACGGUGCCAAUAUAGACAAGCUUCGAACUCAGCUGUCAAAAUCUAGUGCGAUUCACUGCCUAGAGUGCGCCAAGCUCAGAUCAGGGCCUGCUGGUGGGAAGGAUAGGAGAGUUAAGGGCAAGCCGGUGAAGAAGAAGGUUCACAAUCCGUCUGCAGUAUCGCCCUCGCCUGAGGAGAAGAGUAACAGUCACAAGCUGUGGAUCUGCCUAUCUUGUGGACACGCGGGAUGUGGUCAUUUAGGUUCUCCCGGAACGAACAACAGUGAAAAACUCGUUGCGAAGCAAGGGAUUGUUGGUCGUGGGCACGCUUGGCAGCAUUGGCUGCAGUUGAAGCAUCCAAUGGUUAUGCAAUGUGGUGACGAGUUUGCUUGUUGGUGCUUUCAAUGCGAGGCCGCCCACGAGCACAAGCCCUCAGACAUGGAGAUAGAGAAACCUUCUGAGGACGAAGUAGACGCCUCAGUAUCGCCUUCCAGAGUCGAAUUGCUGCAUCAAUCUGCCAAGUUGGUGCGAAAGAAGCUCGCGGAACAGGUGGUAGAAGUCAAGGAGCUCUCUGUGGAUGGUGCAGACCAGGAAGAAGGGAACGUCCAGAGCCUGACAGGCCCUGAGAAUGGUGUGGUCGAGGAUGGAGAAGCCGGGAAACCCAAGAGGAUCAUCAAAGGAUUGAUGAAUCUGGGAAACACCUGUUUUUUCAAUUCCGUUAUGCAAAAUCUGCUAGGAGUGGAGGUGCUGCGGAACCACUUUCUCGUGGAAUCGGCUAACUUCGAAGGGCCUCUGACGACAUCUCUGCGGAAGUUUUUCCAAGAGAUUGCUGUCCUUCCUCCAGGGGAAACCGUAGGUAUGAAUGGCCUCGAAGGAGGCUUGAAGAGGGGUGCCAAGGCACGUGGAGGGUGGAGCGGCAUGGAUGGGGUUCACAAUCCGAAAGGUUUGUUCGGAGCAAUAUGUUCCAAGGUCCCACGUUUCAAAGGUUAUCAACAGCAGGAUAGCCACGAGCUUUUGAAGUGCUUGUUGGAUGGCCUGCAUACUGAGGAGGAGACCGCACGAAAGUUGUUUCCUACGGCUAGUAGCAAGGCUGAAAACCGUGACAAUGGAGUACUGGCCAAUGGUGAUGAGAGAGAGCAUUCUGGCGUGUUGUCUGCCCCUGAAAAUGGGCCAGACGGUCUGGAUAAGAAGAAGCAGGUUACAUCAGAAACAUUUGUCGAACGGGUUUUUGGCGGGCAGCUUUCCAGUACUGUUAGUUGCUGUGAGUGUGGUCACUCUUCUGUUGUAUACGAGCCUUUUCUUGACUUGUCCCUUUCAAUUCCUGUGAGAAGCUCCCCGAAACAGCCACCACCCUUACAAAGUGUGACCGAACAAGCUACGAUGCGAGUGCUGUCCAAGAAUCAGAGGACACAGUCAUUCAAGUCAAAGAAUGCCGAGCUCACGGUGAAAACCGGUGGCAGGAGUGAUAUGCACGAUGAUGUGUUGAACUCCAGCUCUUCUCAGAUUGCUGGACUGGGGACCCCUCUACUACUGCUACCUCCUCCUCCUCCCAAAGAGAGCAAUGUGGACAAUCUCACUCUGAGCACUGUCUCUGAUGAUACUAGCUGGCUAGAAUUUCUGGGUGGAGAAGAAGACUUGGAACCGCAAAUAACAUUCGGAUGUGCUCCCAAUCCAGAUGAGUAUUUGUCAGUAGGUUGUGCCUCAAAUCCAAACUUUCAGAUGGGUUCGGUUUAUCUUGAAGAUGGAGCCUACACUACUCAAGCAGGAUCUUCCGAGGCAGAUGCCAGCAUGCAUGCUUUGGACGCACAUAGAUUUACGGAAGUGGGUGAUGUGAAUGGAUUGGAUGGUUCUUUCGGCACCACCAUAAUCUCAGUAGACCACAGUCUGGAACCCCUUCCCUGUGAAAAACUGCUCCUCCUGGAAGCACCCAGACAGUCAUGGAGCGAGACCCAUAUACACUCUCAUUGGUUUGAAAGCGAGAGGUCUAAUUACGAGUCAAGUGACGGGCCGGAGGAGAAUGGCUACAUUCAAAUAAGGGGAGGGAGUGAUUCUCAAGUGCUGCUUUUGACUCAAGGAAACGAUACGGGCUUCUUUUCUCCCGAGCUGAUUGCCGACAAUUCUAGCAAUCUAGGUACGAGUGCUGAGCAGUCUGGUAACUGCGGUGAUGACUCGAAGUUGCACUCAGAGUUUGUGACUGGUCCAAGUGGUGCAGGACUGUCAUUGGACUCUACCACCGGCGAUGGGGACGUCUGUACAACUUUGGAGGCUCAAGGCGACUACGAUGGAGUAGCGUCUCUAUUUGAUGAAGAAGACAAUACGGAGUAUCCGAUGCAUGGUCCUUUUCCUCUGAACCAUGACGCAUCAGGAUAUGAAGGAAGCAGUGGAUUUGAGGAAGUUGGUCUGGAUGAUGUACUUGACUUGGGUAAGAUAAAUUGCGAAGGAAGGGACGAUUGGCUUGUAUGUGCGAACGAUAGGCAAGAAGUGGAUAGUGAGGAGGUGACAGUGUCCCUUGAGGGAUGCCUUCAAAUAUUCACCAGACCUGAGGUUCUGUCUGGUGACAAUGCCUGGGGUUGUGAAAAUUGUACCAAUAAGUAUCACGAGAACCUCGCCGCAGCUUUAGUAAGAAAGAGUGUAACAUUUCCUCAGAAAGACCCCGUGAAAAGGAUUGCCAAGAAGGGUAGAUUCGAGCCCGGCAAUUCCGCAAGUGAUGUUAGUGACUUGGAUAGUCUAGCAGGAGACAUGUCUGUCAAAUUGUCAAGGUCAGAAGAGGACCUGAGAGUCGAUCAUGAAGAUAAAGGUGUUAGAGAGGAUGCUGCUUCGGACCACACGUACAAGUCCGACUUUUCGCUGGACAAGGGAGCGAAGUGCAACGGAACUGGGACAGGGAUUGUAACAGUGAAAAUGUAUGCGACGGAAGAUGUACAAUCACUUGGUGCACAGAAGACCAGGACAUGCACUGCAGGUGAGCCCCCAGCGUCAUGUGGGAAUGACCACAGUUUAGUAUCCUCAGGUGUUGAAGAGCAGGGUGGGGAUUCUCUACAAGAUGUUGGUUUUGAGAACACAGGGCAAGUGAAUAUUCGGUUUGACAGCGUCACGACUGUACAAGAAAAUGGAGACCAUCCUUCUGUGCAUCUCACCUCAGAACCGAUGCGCUUGCUUGAUGCUGGAAAAAAUUGUUUGUCAAAUGGAUCGGUGAUCACCAUUGUCCACGGUAAGGAUGCUUCAGGAGACCAGAGUAGCAACCCAAGUGACUGUGUAGAAAGUGGUGAAUGUGACGUGGAGAAAUCGGAAGCUGAAGUUAGUACAGGAGGGCAACCAGAAAAAGUAGUCAGCUCAUCAAGUUCUUGUCGAACCUUAAAGUUGACAAAAACUAGAAGUAAAAAGGUUGUCGCCGAGCCUAGAAAGAUCAUUAAACAGGAAGCCACCAAGAGAUACCUCAUAAGUAAGGCUCCCCCUGUGUUGGUCGUACAAUUAAAGCGCUUUGCUCGAGAUAUGCGGGGUCGACUAAGUAAACUGUACGGCUCGGUGACUUUUCAAGAAUGGCUCGACUUACAUCCUUAUGUGGAUCACAGGCAUGUUACUUCUCAAAAUUGUCGGUAUCGCCUGACAGGGACAGUUGAGCACACGGGCACUUUGAAGGGAGGUCAUUAUGUUGCAUACGUCAGAGGGCCCCCAGCACCUACCGCACCUGGUCUGAAGCAUGACCCUACAGGGGAGUCAUCUUGGUACCACAUCAGUGAUUCAUACGUACGACAGACCUCUCUGGACGCAGUGCUCAAGAGUGAAGCAUACUUGUUGUUCUAUGAGAGAUGUUAGUCUGCAACAGUUCCCAAGGAGUUUUCUGAGUUACACAUGUAACUAUCCUCUGUCUCUUAAUAUGGUGUGUACUAUUUGACUUUUUUGCGACACCCACACACCUUGUUCGUUCUCAUCAUGCAGCCUACGUUGCAUGAUCUCACCGUUUCCUGAAUAUUUUUCAGGAGAAGAAUUUAGAUGGUCAUGAAUACUUCGGAAACUCAUACCUCUCUUAUCAAUCUUGGUAAGACACACUGUCAAGUAGGUUAGAGGAUAGAAUGAUAUGAACACAUUAGGAUAUUUUUACAUACAGCUUUUUAUGACAUUCUUAGGACUGUGAUUGAAUAUGAGGAAGGCAUUGCGCCUCUCACAGAGCAGCCAUAAGUUUCUCAAAUUUGGGAUAGGUACUCAAGUGAUUGUGUGGCCAAAGCCCUUUCUUCUUCAAUCACAAUCGCGUAGCAUUUUGAAGGGUUUCAAAAGAUCCACCUCUAUCAAUUGGAGGGAAGUACCCAAUAUUGUAUCCAAAGUCUGCAAUGCCACUAGAUACAUCUAGUUGAUGCAUAUGCGUACCGUAUGUGGUAGGCCUCAAAUGCCAGAGUUUCCGCCAACCAUGUCUUUGCUUUGGAUAUUUAAAGCGUUUUAUUUCUAUUGCUUAUGAUUGGCCGGUGAGAUUAUGUGAACAAGAGCUUCGUGUUGCAAACUUUCCCCGUCGCGUAGGAAGAUUUUUAAAUGAAGAACUACUUUGGAUGUGACGAAGUGUCAUUAAUGUAUUGCAGCAAAUUGGAGACGAACUUCAUAUGUACCAUGAUGUCGCAAAUUGUUGAAAGUGG